AUGGAGGAUAUGAUAGUCAAACAGUGUCUUAUUGGGCAGGGAGCAUCUGGAAAAGUCUACAUGGCCGUCUCUAGAAACGGCGGCGGCAGUCGACUGCUGGCAGUGAAAUCUUCGGUUUGUUCUUCUUCCUCUUCUUCCCUUCUCAGGGAGGAAGAGAUACUCCGCUCUCUGGGGGCUUGCCCUGAUGUUGUUGAGUGCUUCGGUGGUUAUUCAAGCAUGGAAGUUGAUGGCAGUUGGGUUUAUAAUCUAAUUCUAGAGUACGCACCCGGAGGAACUCUGAGGAGUUUGAUGGAAAGGCGCAGAGGUAAAUUGUCGGAAUCUGAAGUUCGGGAUUACGCAAGAAUGAUAAUCAGAGGGCUUUGCUACAUUCAUCAGAAAGGAUUGGUUCACUGCGAUCUGAAGCCGGAUAAUGUUCUAGUUUUUCCUGGCGUAGAUGGUGGGAAUGUGGUUAAAAUUGCUGAUUUUGGACUGGCUAAAAGGGUGGGAGAAGAGGAAGCGCCCCGAGUCAGCUUCCGGGGCACGCCGUCUUACAUGUCGCCAGAGUCUUUGGCUUUGAAGGAGCAUGAUGCGCCCAUGGAUAUAUGGUCCCUAGGGUGCACUAUUAUUGAGAUGGUGACCGGACAAAGGGUCUGGACUGGCUGCAAGCGUGUGGGUGGGAUGGUUGAGCAUGUGGUGGUUAACAAGCAAGUACCCAAAACACCUGAAUUAUUGUCGCAGUAUGGGAAAGAUUUUUUGGAGAAGUGCUUCGUGAGAGAUCCGAAGUGGAGAUGGACGGCUGAGAUGCUCCUCCAUCACCCUUUUGUGGCCCCCCCUCCCCCUCCUACCGGGACCCCGAUACUAAUGACCGGCUUGCUACCCUUUAGAUAUUGUCCCCUAAGUGAUACGGGACGAAAGUUUUCUUCGAGCUUUCCUUCUUUGAUGGGCCGCUCUUUAACACCGUUGCUUCCACCCGUUUUACUUCCUUCUUCUUCUUCUUCUUCAUCUUCCGAGGAGUUGCUUCCAACUAUUUCAAUUCCUCCCACAUUCUUUAAUUCUUUGCCUCAUUCCUUACCUUCUUCCGAGGAGCCUUCUAUUUGUGAAUUGCUUUCGAAUCUUUCUCUUCCCUCUGGAUGGGAUAGUGUUGAAGAAGUGACUCCUGGGUCUCGCAGUCAAUGA